AUAGGAGGUCCUCUCUUUGUACUUGUCAAAAAGAGGGAAAUAAACAAAUAUAUUAACCAAAAUUGCCUUCGUCGCCCUUCUUUGACGGCGAAGCUCCGCUCUCGCCUAUCGCCUUCGAUCUUCGAAUCAGGGAGAACUUGGUUUGCACAUUUGAUGGAUGAUGACUGUUCCCAUGGAUAGUUCUCGUAGCUCAUCCUGGGAACUUGCACAGAGACUUUAUGACAAGAAUGUUGAAUUGGAGAAUGGACUACGCCAAUCCACAAAGUCUAAAGUUCCUUCAGAUCCAAAUGCAUGGCUUCAAAUGCGAGAAAACUAUGAGGCCAUAGUUCUUGAAGAUCGGGAUUUUUCCGAGGAGAAAGAUAUAGAGUUUGUCCUAUGGCAACUACAUUACAGAAGAAUAGAGGAGUUUAGACAGCAUAUUCAUUCCGCAGUCUCAACCGGUACAGGAUCAAAUCCAUCAGCUGGUGGGAAGGUUCUAGUUCGCCCUGAUAAAAUUAAGAAAAUCCAUUAUGUUUUCAGAAGCUUCCUAACAGAAGCUACUGGGUUUUACCAUGAUCUCAUAUUGAAGAUAAGAGCAAAGUAUGGCUUACCAUUGAGCUACUUUAAUGAGGGAAUUGAGAAUGAAAUUGUUUCGACAAAAGAUGGAAAAAAAAAUUCUGAUAUGCAAAAAGGUCUUGUGUCUUGUCAUCGGUGUUUGAUAUAUUUAGGUGAUCUUGCGCGUUAUAAAGGACUAUAUGGAGAAGGAGACUCUGUUAACCGUGAUUUUGCUGCUUCUUCAAGUUACUAUUUGCAGGCGGCUUCACUCUGUCCUUCAAAUGGCAAUCCACAUCAUCAGCUGGCAAUACUUGCUUCCUAUUCAGCUGAUGAGUUGCUUGCAGUAUUCCGGUACUUCAGAAGUUUGGCAAUUGAAAUUCCCUUUUCAACUGCAAGAGAGAAUUUGAUAAUCACUUUUGAGAAGAAUCGGCAAAGUUUCUCUCAGCUGGCCAGCAAUACAAAGGUUGCUAGAGGCCAAAAAAUGCAUAUGCGCUCAACUGGGAGAGGAAGAGGAAGAGGGGAUUUAAAUCUCAUGCAAAAAGAUACUAGAAUUGAAACUUCUCCCAUCAAAGAUCAAGAACUCACGAAGUCUGAAAUAUUUAAACCCUUCUCAAUUCGUUUUGUUCGUCUUCAUGGAAUCCUUUUUACAAGGACAAGCUUGGAGACUUUUGGUGAAGUAUUUGGCUCUGUAAUUAAUGAUCUGAUUGUGCUCCUUUCCUCUGGUCCCCAGGAGGAACUUAAUUUUGGUUCAACUGCUGCUGAAAAUUCAUCAAACAUACUGAGGCUUAUUGCCAUUUUAAUAUUCACUGUUCACAAUGUGAAAAGGGAGUCAGAGAACCACUCAUAUGCUGAGAUCCUUCAACGCAGAGUGUUACUGCAGAAUGCCUUUACAUCGGCCUUUGAAUUUGUUGGGUAUAUUCUAAAGAGAUGCGUCGAGCUACAAGAUUCCACAUCAAGUUAUCUUUUGCCUGGUAUUCUGCUUUUCAUUGAAUGGCUGGCAUGUCAUCAAGACAUUGCGGUCAGUUCUGAUAUGGAGGAAAAAGAAGAGGGUGCAAGACUGUUCUUUUGGAAACACUGCAUUCCUUUCAUGAAUAAACUUAUUGAUACAGGACUUGCAUCUAUUGAUGGUGAUGAUGAUGAAGCUUGCUUUUUUAACAUGAGUAGGUAUGAUGGAGAAGAAACUGGGAAUAGACUUGCACUUUGGGAGGAUUUUGAGUUAAGAGGAUUCUUACCCUUGGUACCAGCACAACUCAUUUUAGAUUUUUCGAGGAAGCUUACACACAUGAAUGAUGGAGACAUGAAAUACAAGACAUCUCGUGUUCAGAGGAUUCUGGCAGCUGGACGAGCUCUUACAAAUAUUGUUUAUGUUGAACAGAAAACAUUGUAUAUUGAUCCAAGCCUGAAAAAAUUUGUUAUGAGUACUGAGCCUCCAGUGUUGGAAGGUAAUAUGGAUCCCACCUUUUCAGUUCCGUUGGAUUCAGGUUUUAAAAAGCCAGGAAGUGAAAUAGAAAGUAUGGCUAAUCUUGGGGUAACAGAAAGUGUAGGAGUGGCAGAAAUCAAGGACCACAUCUAUAUGGGAGGAGAAGAUGAAGAAGAAGAAAUUGUGUUCAAGCCUACUACCUCUGACAAGUAUCCAGUUGCUAAGGUAAGUGCUUUUAACUUGAUCAACCCUGUGCCAGAAUCUUUGCUUUCUGAUCAGGCAACACAAGGUCAUCAUCUUUCUUCAAAUGUUGGUCGUGUUCAGAUGUCAGCUCUACCAAAUGACAAAUGGUUCUCGAGGCAGGAAGCAUUCUUAUCAAAUGAUCUUAUAAAUAUGAAUAUAGUGGAAAAUGGGCAUUUGAAUAAGCAGGUCUUGCAAGAAAACUCAAGUAUCUUGCAGGCUCAACCAUUCUCACCUGUAUUGUCAAGUUCUGUUAGUCUGGAUGCCAAUAAUGCAUUCUCCAAUCAGAUUAAAGCUGCAGAUGUGAUGUUGCCAUCUGCACUGGAUACUAUAUUACCACCAGGAGUCAUUUCUAAUGGUGUGCCUAUGAAUCUCUCAGCCUUUCCAUUGAAGAAAAAUCCUGUAAGCCGUCCAGUUAGGCACAAUGGGCCACCUCCUGGAUUUAGCUAUAUUGGUUCUAGACAACCGAAAGGAGGCAUUCCAAAUUCUUUUACUAAGGAACAGCUGUAUGAGAUUGAUGAUUAUAGUUGGUUAGAUGAUAGUAGAUCAUUUACCAAGGGCACGAGUGUAGUGAAUUCUUUCGAUCAGAUAACACACAAGGUUCCAUGCGUUGACAUGAACAAUACUACACCCUUUACAACUGUUUCCACUUUCCCAUUCCCUGGAAAGCAAGUUUCUAAUAUGCAGUCUGAAACUGUCAAUGGACGAAGAUGGCAUGAUUUCCAGCUUUUCGAACAACUGAAAGCCUACAAUGGGCAACAAAGUCAGCACUUAAACCCACCGCAGACUCUACUUCCUGAACAACAUCAAUCUCAAUCACUUUGGUCUAGUCGGCACUUUGUGUGAUGCUAUAUUUGAAGAAGAUUUUCAUAGUGAGAAAAUGAGUGAUGGAUAAGUACCUUCCAUGGUGGGUGCUUGCAACUGGGUGCUUAUGGGAAUCAGUACCACAGAACUAAAUAUUGUCAAGUUUAUGGUCAAAUAUUGAUAGUCUUGGGAGUUCUGCUAGUGCUUGGACUUUUAUAUGGAUGCACCCAUUGCUAUCAGGCUGUGGGAACAAAGAAUUUGUUGUCUCUUUGAUCGAGAGGAAUAUAAGCAAGUCGUAUGCAUGGUUAUUUCAAACAUGAUAGUGAUCCUUUGGCUUUGCUUAAUGGUGGGAACUUUUCAGUCGAGCCAUAGUGUUUUGCGUUUCAACAUUAGCGCCAUGUGCAAAUCCGACAGCAUUCUCGGUGAGUCUGCUUUUAUCAUCUCUUAUCAAGAUGUCAACUUUACCAGCAGUAGGAAGAUAAAACGAUCGAGAAAGUGGCUUCAGAUUGGGAGGUUUGAUGCUGCAACUUGACGAAUAACCUACCUAUUAUUGUUCUCGUCGCCUCGAGGAAACUUUUGGCUCGAUAUAUUCAAAUAAUGGUAUGGUGUUUCCAUUGUGUGGUUUGUUUUGGUAUGUGUCGGAAGCUUGGAACUUCCAUCUGAAUUUCGUACCUUUUCUUCAUUCGAGUUGCUGUGGACCAACUUGUACGUUGCAUGGAUUAUGUGGUUUAAUUGCAAAAUUAGUUAA